AUGAGUAAAUCAUUCUUUAGAAGUGGAGAUAGAGGAGGAGGUGGUAGUGGUAGUACAGAUAAACAGACACCAACUGCCACCUCUGGAUCUACAACUCCAAUGACUCCAUCACGUGACGAGUUUGAGAAACAAAAGAUGAUACAAGAGUUGAAGGAUGAACAUGAGAGAAAGAUAUCGGCAAUUGUAUCAUGUCUCCAGGAAAAGUCAGAGGAGAACAUCGACCUGCAUGCAAGGGUACAACGUUUGGAACGAAUACUGGAGCAGAGCCAGCAGGAGCACCAUCGUGCUGUCGAACAACUGCACGAUCAGUUGGCACAACGAGACGAUGACCUGCGCACAGAGAAGAAGAUAUCGGCAGAGAUGGAGCGGAGGACUCACUCAAUGAGUGAGCUGUUCAAUGAGAUGGCCGGUGAGAACCUCAAGCUUCGUGAGGUGCUGGAGGAGACCCGCAAUAGGAUGAUACAGUCACAGAAGGAGGCAACAAACGAAUUGAACAAUGCCGUCAAGAAGACUCAACAGCAGGCCAAUGAUAAGAUCACAAUGCUACAGGCUCAGGUCGUUCAACUUCAGUCACAACUUGGCAUUGUACCAGGUACCAAUAACCUUACGCCCAACAAGGUGUCGUCGUCGUCCAAGUUGACACAGCAGACAUCUGGUUCAUCCCCACCACUACCAAUGUCACCAAACUUAUUGUCCAACAAUUCCAUCGACAACAAUGAGGCACUGAUGAGCUUCUGUCUGCACGAGAUUGAAAAGGGCGAACAGAUGAUGGGUCUGGAUCACCUGCUGGCCACGGACGAACGAUGGAUCACCAAAUAUCGAGAGGCAGCACCAAGGGCCAUCACAAAGUCCCUUCUGGACAAGUUGAUCGACAAGGUGGAGAUUGAUGGCACCAAGUCAUCAGAGACGAUAGAGCGACUGCGAAUGUCACUGCAGAGUCUAGAGUCCAGGAAUGACGACCUGAUGCGUGAACAGGAGAUAGUAAAGACCAAACUAAAGGACACAGAGGACAUCAACUUUAGAGAGAAGCAGCGUGGCGAUGCAUUUAGAGACAGUGCUGUCGAGUACGAAAAGAAGAUCAAAGAGUUGGAGACUAGAAUGUCAGACAACUUGAACAAGGAAGGUCACAGAAGGUCAGAGGCAGAGUAUAAUGCCAAGCGUCUGAAAAAGAGAGUGGAAGAGUUGGAGUUCUUAUUGGAGGAGCUAAAGGAUGAUGACGAUGACGACGACGACGACGACGACGACGAAGAUGAAGAUGAUGAAGAACGAUCUGAUUCCAGCGACUAA